AUGUUGUUGAACCAUCUUCUCCUGGGCCUCUUUGGGCUCUGGGCCAUCUACUUUUUCCUUCUCAAACUCAUCCUCUUCAAACUUGUCCUCAACAUAAUCUUGCCGCUCAUCAUCCGAUACCUCCUCAUCCCGAACCUCCCAGACCGGGUCCGCUCAUACGCCGAGCGCGCCCUGCAAAAAUGUGAUGAAAUCUGCUACUCUGCUCCCCUGGAGCCCAAGGGUCCUUGUAACCGCAACGUUUACCGCACUGCCAUGAUUCUGUCUCGUGUCGUGGACCGUGAUGUGGUUCCAGAGAUUCUUGACAUGGCUGAAUUGUGGCACGACGUUCCUCUGGCGUCGAAAGUAGACGCGGAGCCUUUCAAAGUUACUGCGCGAGAGCAUGGUGUCAGCGGUCACAGACCAGGCGUGGUCUAUCUAGAGGCUGAACUUCCUGCUACAAUGCCACGAAAAGCACUACGUUCACUUACAUUCACCAUCACUUCUUGUGAUCAGGGUCACAGCAAUGACUUGCAGGAUGUCGGCACCUACAGGAACAGCAAGACUUGGUUUGAAGUCAAGAUCACUCCCUCUCGAGCGAGCAGGAAACAGCCAAUAUGGAAAUUGGGGGCGGAACCCGCUUUCAACUUCCCACCGAGAAAGAUCGUCACCAACAUUCACGCAGGCCAGGAUUUUAAGACCCAUACGGUCACCUGGCACUACAAUGACGAAGAUGAAGACAUCAGAAAACUCAUCAGAACUAUGGGUGCCGGGUGGAAAGUUGCCAUCACCGCAUGGGGACAAUAUCCUAUCUGGGACAACUACGUCCAAAGUGCGAGGAUUGAUUGUCGGGUUCAUACUGUCAGAAAGAUGUGA